UAAAAAAUUACCUUUUGUUAUUAUCACGUUCUGCUCUAUUAUUAAAUUGAAUUAUUUGUAUCAAUAUUGUAGCACCGCGGAACUUUAUAUUAAGUAUUUGAAGGAAAUGUGAAAGUGCCUUUUUUUCACUGGAAACAGAUUUGUUGGUAAGGUGUUGAUAUGCACCAUCAUAAAGGUGCCAGGCAUAACUACAUACAUGUUAGAAAUGAAUGCCGACUUCAGACGGAUGCUGAAAUAAAUUAACAGUUCGCAGUCUGUUUGAAGCAAAGUGGUCUAUGUCCCUAAUAUAGCAGUUGCCAUAAGAGUAUUUUGGAGUGUACUUAAUACAUAUAACAAAGCAUUCUAAACAAUUUGCCUAAAUAUGGAGGAAAAUUCCUUACAAGCCACUGCAUAUUAUGGACUGCAUUUUAAAUUCAUAAAGAAAGUACGUCAAACUAUUCGCCAACGGAGUUUUCUCUCAGUGUUUUGGGUUGUUGGUUAUGGUCAAAUCAUCUCCACACUAUAAUGGAAAGUUCGUCAUUAUACUAUUAUGUGACGUAGUAUGGGGCAAGAGGGAGGCCGAAUCCUCCCACGAAAGGUAUGUACCAUCAACGAGACAAUCUAGAGGUCAAAGUCCAGGUAGCGCACCACAACAGGCAUUAACUCACGAAAGUGGCCAGUCAUUCCAAUAUGCCACUGAAGGGCCACAAGCGGUGAAUUAUGCCGGAAGCCCUCAUCUAGUGUUUCGCAACCCCCUGACAUACAGCGGGUCGAAUUCUGCCGCGAGCCCCAAUGCUGAAGAGCAACUACAGAACUAUGCAUUUGCAGCAAGUUUUGAAGGAAAAGAAAAUGUACAGGCACACAAGCAGCCAGUUUCCUAUUCGCCAGCUUCGGACGUUUCUCAGUUCAGAUACUCGAGUCCUUUGGUGAAAUAUUCUAAUCUCGGUGUCAUUAGUCAAGUCACGGGAGAUGAAGCCCUUAAAUCAUUACAGAAAUCCUCUGUCGAAAGUUCGCAACAGUCGCGUUAUCCAAGUCAAUAUUUGACACAAUCUCAAGGCUAUCGAUCCGUACCGCAAGAAAGUUCUGAGAGCUACGCCUCCGCUACAGCUGCAUCGGCCCAAGCAGCCCAACAACCCGCUCAUUCUUCGUCGGCGCAACAGUUGCAGGGUGAAGAACCGACGACGUACGAAGCUUUGCUCAGCCAAUAUUACGCUCAACAACAGCAGCAACAUCAGAAACAACAAGCCCAACAACACCAACUCCAACUUCAACAACAGCAACAAUAUCAGCAGUUCCAAGAAUCGAGUGCGUUGCCCCAACAGUAUUCUAAAGCUUCCCAGUCUAGUAUUCCCGCGCAUUUGUUACAACAAGGAAACCAAGUACGCUCGCAGUAUCCAGCAGGACUUCCGGCAAGAGCAAAAGGCACUUCUGCAUCCGGCGGUAAGUCACCCGGCUUCGCCGAACAGAUUGCACAGUUCCUUGGCCAUUUUACACUAGGAAGUCGGGGUAACUCUUAUCCUUCUCCUCAAGCAGUUGCAUCCGGUCCCCAGAAGUUCAACAACGAAGUGAUUUCUUCCCAACAAAGACCGAUUUCUUCAGACCAAUUAUCCAAACAGCAGCAGCAGUAUUAUUUGCAACAAUCCGCUAGGCAAAAGCAGGCAUAUCCUGGCGCUAUUCAAGCUCAACAACAACAGCAACAACAACAACCGCUUUAUCAGUUUGUACCAGCGGGAUACUCUGCAGGGCAACAGCAACUGCAAUACUCCAAAUAUUCCCAGCAGGGCGCAGCAGCACAAUCGCCUGAAUCUCAGCAAGCCUAUGCUGUAAGUCCCCAAGGAGGAUAUAUCUUUGGUGGACAUCCCAAUUCUGUAUACGCCACAUCUCCACAAACUCAAGGAGCAGCAUCAUCUCAAGCAGCUUACACGGAAGGGCAGAGAUCAGCAGCUGCUCAAGUAGUUUAUUCCAACGUUGCGCCUCAAUCUGAGUAUUCUUCCUCACCUUCGCAAACUAUACAAUAUGUCCCUGCACACAGAAGCGCGGCUGGAGCCUCAAGUCGCUCCCAACUGCAAUCAGCAGCGUCUUCCCAUUCCGCGUAUGCUUAGCUCUGUAAGACUUGUUUUAAGACUAUUAUUUUAGCAUAAGUAUUAAUAGGUUUAUUUAGUUACCAAUGUGUUAAUUUUUUCGGAGGCUGACUGUACA